GCACCGCCGUCCCAUCAACUACUCAUCUCCCGCCAGGAAAUCCCUAGAAAUCUAGAAGGUUCGCCUAGAAAGAGCCGAAGCAUCAGCAAAGUCCGGAUAGGAAUGGCGAAAAGCAGACAAUACUGGCUCCUCAAGACGGAGCCGGGCGAGUGGUCGUGGGAGGAUCAAGCGGCAAACGGAGGACUAACCAAGUGGGAUGGCGUCAAGAACAAGCAAGCCCAGAAGCACCUCAAGGCCAUGAAACUCGGGGACCUUGGCUUCUUCUACCACUCCGGUGCUAGUGCUCGCCGCGUGAUGGGUGUGGUAAGCGUGGUGAAGGAGUGGUACUCCGAUGAUGAUAACGAGGUGGUGGUGGAUGUGAAAGCGGUUGGGGAAAUGAGGAGGGCGGUGGACUUGAAGGAGAUGAAGGGGGAUGAUGGGUUGAAGGGGUUUGUGUUGUUUAGGCAGCCGAGGUUGUCGGUUGUGCCGGUGACGGAGGAGGUGUGGAAGAGGAUCUGUGAUCUGGGAGGUGGGUUUGAAGGGGAUGGUAUGAAUGAAGGUGAUGGUGGUGAUGAUUAAGCGUGGAUCAACAGGCUCAAUGGAUAUGUAGGUAUUUUGUUCUAUGUUAGAAUUUUGCAGGUUCUGGUUGAAAAAGGAAGUGAAAAGGUAGAAACUUGUGGGAUUGCUGGUGGGCAUGCCUUUCUGUUUUUGUAUGUGUUUUGUGAGGGUAAAAAGGGGUGCUUUAAUCUUAAUUUGCUUGAGGCUUUUAAGGCCCCAAAUCCCUAAAUGUUGCCUUGUUUCCUUGUGUGAAUGUUUUAUGGUAAUUAACUGAAUGGAUUGGUCACAAAACCACUUAAUUUGCUUGCAAACGACUUAAAGCAAAACCCAGCAAUUGGAGAUGAGAGAUCCAAUAGUGUCAUGUUUGUUGAGGUGGUUGCGGCAUUUCGUCGAGCAGUUGAUAGAUGCAUAAAAAAGAACAGUUUUC